AUGUGCCUAAUUGUAUUUCUCGUUUUGGUGUGCCUACAGUGCUGCGCUGCUUAUGACGCCAUCAUCUUCUCAUCGCUGCCGCUGAAUAAGGUUACAGUGCAUCAGCUGGCAUCGGUCACUUCUCCCAGACUGCUUGCUCUGGGUGUCCAGGAGUUCUCACUGCCCAAAUUCCUCGUUUUUGCACAAGCUUACAGUGAGCAGCCAUUGAAAGGCCCGUUCACAUCGCUGAUGCGAUUGUUUGGUCACGUGAAAGCGCUGCCGAUGGAGGAGCCACUGAAGAUAACGCAGGACUCUGAUAAGCUGGAUAAGACGUCCGCGAAAGGCAUAGUGUAUCGGCAAGUGGAAAGUCUGGAAGAAUUGCUCAAUCUCUUCGCACAACAGAACGAUCUGGCAAGUUAUCAGACAGUUGUUGUUUCGUCACCAGAUGCUUUCGAAAGCGAACUGACCCGACGGAAGCGCGUCUCAUCAGAUGUUACGUUCGAUGAUAAAUCGAUGGCAGCACCCAGUGAUAACCAGUCGGUGCAUUCCGCUUAUUUUGAGAUGCCUGUGCUGUUGCCACCAGAGAACUACUCACUUGCUGAGACCGAUCAGUGCCUGCUGUACAUGGAAGCUUUUGAUGUUAUCAUACGAAACAAGGAUGGCGCCUCGUUUAUUGUUGUUGGCAACGGCGAUGCAACGUUUGAAUGGGAUCCAAAUUACUACAACUGCGACAUGGAUAAUGCCACAUGGGGCAAUGCCAGGUUGGAUUUCGUCGGUAUUCAGAACAAUGGUUAUUGGUCUUUGAAGGAAGUAGAGUUAUUGAAGCCUUUUAAUAUUACGGGCAAUCAAAAUCUCACUGUGGAGGCAAAUUUGACGCGCAAUGAUUUGGGCAUCGAAAGCGUUCCCGGCUUCAGUUUUGCAUGCUCCAAGACACAGGCAGCAUUUUUCAGUACCACUGGUGGGGCGUAUGUCGUUGGGAUUGCAUUAAGCAAUUUUGAGGUGGAUUUGGGGCCAAGAAAAAGUAAGGCGGAAUUUGGAUAUUAUGUCUCGGACUGUGUUGGAACGUUCAGCGCCGGCUCAUGGAUG